AUGCAUCAUCAACUUGUAAAUGGAAUAAGUGACUUAGAACUUUUUUUUGAAAAGUUAACUCCAGAGUUGGAAGAGAUAUUUGAUAUGAAUCAAUUGAAACGAGAUCUUGGUUAUUUAAAACAGACAAUGAAAAAAGUUCCUGACAUUCA